AAUGUAUCAUUAGUCCUUACCGUACCGAGUACUCUCAGUUUUUAUACUUUAAAUACAUUUUGCUGAUGACACUCACAUACUUUUACUCAAAUAACUUUUAACUAAAUUACUUUGACCUUUAGUGGAGUAUUCGGUUACAGAUUUGCUACUUUUACUUAAGUAAAUGAUCUAUAUGCUGCAUCUGCCGCUGUCAGUUUUAUCAACACAGAUUACAGACUGCCGGUAGGUGGUGGGACAUGUUCCUUAUUCUACUUACGAGAUAAGGCUCUUCUGCAUACCUUCAUAUUUAAUCUAGUGCAUUUUGAAAAGGUGGAGCUACUGUUACGUAGUUGUUACAACUGACAGCUGAAGCUGAAGCUGCAGCUGCAGCUGAGCUCCCCUCUUGCUUUCAAACCGCGUGAACGAAGCGUUUUUCCAAGCACAGACUGUCACACCCUGGCUGGCCAACAAACCGCUGAAGCAACUGACUGCACAGCACAGAAAACGGAAAUGAAAUUUAGCAACUUCACCCGUUUAUGGCCUUGCAAAUAUCCCUGUGCUGAAAAACACAGAGCCCUUUGCUCAGACAUAUCAGUUCAACGCUGGCCUGUGUCGGUUCCUCUGACAGCUCAUGGCCGACACAACCUCUCAGUCACCGGCCUCUGGCUCGUCUGCUAAGCUUGACCAUGUGCAAGGUCAGGUCAACGAGGUUAAAGUCAUUCUGAAAGACAACAUCGACAAAGUGCUGGAGAGGGGGGACCGAUUAGAUGAUCUGAUCGGGAAGACCGAUGACCUGCAGGCGUCGGCUGACUCGUUCCAAAGAACAUCCACACGGGUUGCCAGGAAAUACUGGUGGAAAAACAUUAAACUGAUGAUUAUAAUUGGAAUAAUUGUGCUGAUCGUUCUUAUCCUCAUCAUCCUCUUCGCCACAGGUGUUAUAUAAAUCCUAUCUUUACCAAGCUGGGUACUGAAAGCAAUGAAGAUGGUGGAUAAAGCCAACUUACAGACAACUUUUAUUGAGCAUUUUAGCGUUUAAUUUCUCAAGGGUGAUCAUUUUGGCUCAAACAAAGAGAUGUUUUAUAUUUCAAGUUCAAGAUGUAUAUGUAAAUUCAAAGGGUAGAUGAUUGUUUUUAACACCUGCGAGCUUAACCAUUAGUUUUCUCUGCGACAUCUUGCGGUGUGAAGAUAAAAUUCGGAGCAGAGCAGAGUUUAAAUUGUUAUAAAGUUGGCUGCAAUAUUUCCUUUAACACUCCAAGUCAUUAACAUGUGGCAUUAGACACCUUAAUAUUUCACACAGGAUCACAAAUCCAAAUAACUGUUUAUUAUUUUUAUUUGUCGCAUUUCUUUAUGUUCAAUACACUGUGUAUAUAUACUGUAUGUUUAUGACAAUGUCAAUCUCUGUAAUAACAUAUGUAUUAUAUGACUGAUGAUGAUGAUGCUGAUAAAGAGGAUAAAUUGUA